AUGAAAGAACGAUGGGAUUCAAAGAGCAAAAAAGAAAGUAAGGGGGAAGAGGAGGCCCCAGUUGACAAGUUCAAAAUGGUUUAUCUGAUAGUUGUGUUGCAUGGUAUCGGCGUCUUGAUGCCGUGGAAUAUGUUCAUCACCAUCGCUCCUGAAUUCUACGUCAAAUACUGGUUCACAAUCGGCGGGAACGAGACCGUUUACUCCAGAGAUUUCAUGUCUGACCAAGGAAUUGCUGCGCAGAUUCCGAACUUUCUUGUUGGACUUAUCAAUGUUAUGCAAAUUAUCGGUGGUUCGCUGCUAGUCCGAGUUACUGGUACAAUUAUAGCGAACUGUAUAAUUGUGGCAAUAUUGGUGGUCUUAAUUACUGCACAAGAUCCCGCUGUGGAAGCUAUGGGCUGGUUCUAUGUUGUAACAAUGAUUAUCAUCGUAGUGCUGAAUUCUUCAAAUGGCCUGUAUCAGAACUCUCUCUUUGGUUUGUUAGCGGAUUUUCCUUUCAAGUACACAAACGCUAUUGUUGUCGGUAAUAACAUUUGCGGAACUUUCAUCAGUGUGCUGGCCAUCUUGACUCUAUUUGCUUUCCCUGAUAAUAACAAGCUAAUUGCCUUGGUGUACUUCUGUAUCUCUUUAGCUGUUAUGAUAUUAUGUGGAUUAUCAAUUAUGCAAUUGACUCGAACGGACUUCUUCAAAUACUAUAUAGAGAAAGGUAAUGAAAAACGAGCAGCCGAGCACGCUGGCAGGCCUAGUCUGAAGCAAUUUUGGGAGACUUGGAAGGGUUGCUGGGUACAACUACUUGCUGUGUUUUUGGUGUUUUUUGUAACCCUAGCAGUGUUUCCUGCAGUAAUGGCCGGUAUCACUCCAAAUGCAGUAGGAGAACCAUGGAAUAGCGCAAUUCCACCAAAUCUUUUUCUGGCACUUACGGUGUUUCUGAACUUCAAUCUGAUGGCUGCUAUCGGAUCCACUUGUGCAAAUUUUGUACAAUUCCCGGGACCACAAGGUCUGAUCUAUCCGGUCGCUGCACGACUCCUUUUUAUUCCGUUUUUCAUGUUGUGUAACUAUAAGCCUAGCGAACGGGUGAUGCCAGUCUGGUUCAAGAAUGAAUGGUUUUUAAUUAUUGGCAAUUUUGUGAUGGCACUAUCCCAUGGUUAUCUCAGUUCACUUUCUAUGAUGUAUACUCCAAGAGUGGUUCCCGGAUCAAUGGCAAAAACAGCCGGAAUGUCUGCAGCCCUUGUUCUAAUCACGGGUAUAAUGCUCGGAGUAUCGUUCGUGCCUGUGAUAACCGCGAUGGUGAAAAACAUUGGCUAAACCAUUUACAUUCUUAAUUCCCAAAAGAGAGAAUGCGUCAUAAUAUUCCUUAUCUGGACGUAAUGUUUAGCCUCUGUUUUGUGAUUUCUGGUAGAUAAAGC